CCAUCAGCAGCGUCAGCACCCCACCAACCUAAAUCCAAAUUCGUCCUUCCUUCACCUCGUAUAUGCGCCAAGCCAGGAAACACCCGACCUACUCUAUUAUAAUUCCUUCUUGGUGUCUUCUCACGUCGUGCUUGUAUGAGCAGAUAUUGAUUAGUCCUAACUCAAACCCACCUUACCUCCUACCUACCUACAUGCUUUCCUCCGUAAGCCCCAACGAGUGGGACUAGAUCGAAUGCAUGUCAGCAACAGCGCAUCUACUAAGCCCCACGCUUGGACCAUGCUAAGUAAGUGGUAGGUAGAUAGAGGUAGGGAGGUAAGUAGGUAUUAUUGGGUGCGGCUCCCACGAGCUGUGUGAUCCUUCUGUUCUUUU